AUGGGUGUUAUUAACCAGCCAUCGGGCCAGAUCAAAUUGACCAACGUCUCCAUUGUGAAACUCAAAAGAAAUAAGAAAAGAUUCGAAGUUGCAUGCUACCAGAAUAAAGUUCAGGACUAUAGAAAAGGUGUGGAGAAAGAGCUGGAUGAAGUAUUGCAGAUACACCAAGUUUUCACAAAUGUCUCAAAGGGUCUAGUGGCUCCAAAGGAGGAUCUACAGAAAGCGUUCGGCACCACCGAUGUCGAUUUGGUAAUUAAAGAGGUGUUGAGCAAAGGUGAAAUACAACUGUCGGAGAAGGAAAGACAGUUGAUGAUUAACAAGAUUAAUAAUGAGAUGCUGACAAUCAUCAGUGCCAAGUGUAUAAACCCGCAAUCUAAGAAACGUUAUCCUCCUACUAUGAUUCACAAGGCGCUUCAGGAAUUGAAGUUCACUCCCGUGAUAAAUAAACCUGCAAAGACACAGGCUCUGGAUGCCAUAAGACUACUUGUAAGCAGCCAAAUUAUACCAAUUACGAGAGCCAAGAUGAAGGUCAAAUUGACAAUUAAUGACAAAUCUACACAUGAAGAUAUUAUCCAAAAGAUGGAAAAGCUAUUCACAGAUAGCGAAUUCACACAAACUGAUUCAGCAUGGAUAGCCUCCGGUUUAAUAGAUCCAGUUAGCUAUAGAUAUAUUGUAGAGUCAGCAAAGGAUAUUGGCACAGUCCAAGUGCUCGAUAUGGCUGUUAUUGACUCAUCUAAGUAA